CGAAUUUUAAUUCUGAAAAUGGCGGCAAAGAAUACAGCGAAGGAUUGAAUUGAAAUGGUGAAAGUUUUUAAAGUUUUCUCUUGCUAUUAAUUUUUUGUUGGAAUUAAAGAGCUAAAUUCCAACUAUUGAGAUAAUGGAAAAGAAACUACUGAAGAGGUUGGUUCCGCGUCGCUCACCACGUUUGUUACAGAGAACAAAGUAUGGAGGUGGGAGUACAAGCAUGCAAGACUUAAGACUCAAAGGGGCUGAUGAUUUAGCCAACAUUGUAGCCAAGUCAAGACAUGAACCAAAAAUUAAAACAAGUUGCAGUGAUUCUAAUUUCCAACAAAGAAAUGUGAAGCAAAAGCGUGCCUUGAAGAGAAUGCGAGACAGUACAUUGUCUUUACGAAGUAUUGAAAAUGUUAUGCCUACACCUUUGAAAAGGAUAAAGUCGUGUAGUACUGAGAAGAUAUCGACUGAAACAAUUCGAUUCAAUGAUCAUAAGUUUGUGGAACCAGCUAAAAGAAAAUUCACAUCAAAAAUGGUGCAAUUUGCAAAAGGGCUAUCACCAAGAAAGUCUUUCAAAAAGAAAAGCAUGGAAGAUGUUUCUGUACAGCGUUCAUCUAGCGUGCGUCUAUCAAAGCACUCCUCAUCUCCGGCAAAUUCAUUGUCACGCUCAUCAAGUAAAAAGUACAAGCAACAACUUCAACAACCAACACCAACAAGACGGAGAGGCUCAAAGCUAUGGGUGGAAUCUGUUGCAUCCAUAGAUUCUGAAGAUAGUGAAUGGACACCGCAACAAAUUAAGCGACAAGAGGCUAUUUAUGAGUUAUAUUGUGGAGAAACUGAUCUAGUGGAAGAUUUAAAACUACUGCAUGAGGUAUAUUUUAAUCCAGCAUCAAAAUUAAAACUGCUAAGUGAAGAAGACCUAGCAAGUAUAUUUGGAAGCAUUCAAGCCUUGCUACCAUUACACGAAGAUUUAGUCAAGCGUUUGGAAGAAGCAAGAAGUGAAAAUGGAAGUAUUGAACAUGUUGGGAAAAUUUUAACAGAUUGGAUACCCACUUUACGUCCAUACAUUCCAUAUUGUGCGAACCAGUUGCAGACAAAAGAUAUAUUGUUCCAAAAAGUAAAAGAUAACAAACAGUUUUCGGACUUCCUUCAGAGAUGCCUGGAAUCACCAUUUAGUCGAAAACUUGAUCUAUGGUCAUUUCUAGAUUCUCCAAGAGGGCGACUUGUCAAGUAUCCGUUAUUAAUGUCAAGCAUACAUAAAUACACUGCUAAAGAUCACCCCGAUAGACCAAUACUAUAUCGAACGACUAAGCAGCUGGAAACGCUGAUAAAAGAAGCGGACAGAGAAGCAGGAAUAUCGAAGUGCGCGUUUUACAAGGAGAGGCUGUACAUUAUGGACGAGGGUGAAUAUAAGCAGGCGUUAGACGACGCGGAAAUUCUAAUAUGUCACGGCUGUUUACGAAACAAAAGUGGAAGUAAAUUGGAAGCAUUUUUAUUCGACACCAUCUUUGUUUGCACCAGGUUAGCAACCAGAAGCGGAACAAAAGUAUAUCACGUGUUUUCCCAGCCUAUCCUGGUCAGUGACAUGGCUGUUGCAGACGUCUCUGAUGGCGAGGUGCGUUUGGGUGGCUCGUUCCGUACAACCUUGAGUAAAGGACCCGGAGCGAAACACGCAUUCCGUGUCUUCACGAGGGACUGGGCGAGAGGAAAAUCUAUCAUUUUGCAAGCACACGACCAGCACGAUAAAAAGCAGUGGUUAAAUUCGUUUCACUCAGUUAUCGAGCAGCAGUCGAGGAGCAGCGAUUCAAACGAACAAGUCGACCAAACCUCCCCGCCGGCGGAUGUGAAAGAUUUGCCUCACUUUAAUGUUGCUGUUGUUGAUGUCGCGUAAAGAUGACUAAAAGCUCAAGAGGUUCUUUCUGCGAAGAGCUGGGGAGAAGUGUUGGUGUUUUCGAAUACUUUUGAAACGAGUUGUUUCGUGUCUGGAUAAUCGAGCAACCAAAAGAAGUCUCCACUACUCGUCUGUAAAAACCCUAUUACCGAACCGAAAGGUAGUAAAUAUAUAAUUGCAUGAAGAAAAUAUGUCGCAGCGAAAGACAUAGUUAAAACUGAAUUCACGUAGCUAAAUUUACACAAGAAAUUUUAACAUUUUUAAGCAGCACAAAUUUUUUAGUGUCGCGUACAUGUUUUUGUCAUGACAUAAUUUUUCUUCUUGUUGUGUUUUAAAUCGGAAAUGUCCCAAGUUGUUAUGGUUUGUGAAACUGAUAUUGUUUAAAUUGUUCUGCUGUGAUUGAAGUCAUCGUGGACUUUAAAAACGCUGAGAGAGUUCUAUUUAUCAUACCGGGUAUUUGACGCGAAAACAUUUUUUUAUAUAUUAUUCAUAGAUCAGUCAUUUUUUAGGUAAUAUCAAAUUGUUAUUUGCGAUUUUUAAAACCCACUUUUGUGUAAUAUGUUCUAUAUAUUUUUAUAUCAAGACAAUUUUAGAACACAAAAUUUUGA